CAUAUCCUUGCUGCCAUCAAGAAUAAGAUCUGUAAUCACUCUGGUCCAAUUGAGAGAGAGAAAGAGAGAGAGAUUGGGAGAGAGAGAGAGAGAGAUUGAGAGAGAUUGGGAGAGAGGCCAAUUGUUAGGAAGGUUCUUAAUCUGUCAAUUACUACCUCUCCGAUCGGUGAAAUAAGUACGUGCUCAUUCGGCAACAGGGAGCCACAAAUCGGAUCUUCUGAUAUUGAGGUGUUCAUUUUGUUCUGAUCGGAGAAAGAUGCCUUCUGUUUAUGGAGCUCGACUGACAACGUUCGAGGAUUCGGAGAAGGAAAGCGAAUAUGGUUAUGUUCGCAAGGUGUCAGGGCCAGUUGUUGUUGCAAAUGGAAUGGCAGGAGCUGCUAUGUAUGAACUGGUUCGUGUUGGACAUGAUAAUCUUAUUGGGGAAAUUAUUCGAUUAGAAGGAGAUUCUGCUACAAUUCAGGUUUAUGAAGAAACAGCUGGAUUAACUGUGAAUGACCCCGUGCUACGAACCCACAAACCUCUAUCUGUGGAGUUGGGUCCUGGAAUAUUGGGGAAUAUAUUUGAUGGUAUUCAGAGGCCUCUAAAAACCAUAGCAAAACUAUCUGGUGAUGUGUAUAUUCCUCGUGGUGUUUCUGUUCCCGCCCUUGACAAAGACACACUUUGGGAAUUUCAGCCGAAAAAAAUUGGUGAGGGAGAUCAUGUAACUGGUGGAGAUUUGUAUGCUACUGUUUUUGAGAACAGUUUAAUGCAACAUCACGUGGCUCUUCCUCCUGAUGCAAUGGGAAAGAUAUCAUACAUAGCACCUGCUGGACAAUAUUCAUUGAAGGAUACUGUCUUGGAGCUUGAGUUCCAAGGUGUCACAAAGAAAUUUACCAUGCUUCAGACAUGGCCUGUAAGAACACCUAGGCCUGUUGCAUCAAAACUCGCUGCUGAUACUCCUCUUCUAACAGGACAGCGUGUUCUUGAUGCACUUUUCCCAUCAGUUCUUGGUGGGACAUGUGCCAUUCCUGGUGCAUUUGGAUGUGGAAAAACUGUCAUCAGUCAAGCUCUUUCAAAGUACUCUAAUUCAGAUACUGUUGUCUAUGUUGGAUGUGGAGAAAGAGGGAAUGAAAUGGCAGAGGUGCUUAUGGAUUUCCCUCAAUUGACAAUGACACUUCCAGAUGGCCGUGAAGAGUCAGUCAUGAAACGUACCACACUUGUAGCAAACACUUCAAAUAUGCCUGUCGCUGCUCGUGAGGCUUCUAUCUAUACAGGAAUCACCAUAGCUGAAUACUUUAGAGAUAUGGGCUACAAUGUUAGUAUGAUGGCAGAUUCAACAUCACGUUGGGCAGAAGCAUUGCGUGAAAUCUCAGGUCGACUGGCGGAGAUGCCUGCAGACAGUGGAUAUCCUGCCUAUCUGGCUGCACGUUUAGCAUCCUUCUACGAACGGGCUGGUAAAGUGAAAUGUCUUGGUGGACCAGAACGUACUGGAAGUGUCACAAUUGUUGGUGCUGUUUCACCACCAGGUGGUGAUUUCUCUGAUCCGGUUACAUCUGCAACCCUCAGUAUAGUUCAGGUCUUCUGGGGUCUGGACAAGAAAUUAGCUCAGAGGAAACAUUUCCCUUCUGUAAACUGGCUUAUCUCAUAUUCAAAAUACUCGACGGCAUUAGAAUCCUUCUAUGAGCAAUUCGACCCAGAUUUUAUCAACAUCAGGACAAAAGCUCGUGAAGUUCUGCAGAGAGAGGAUGACUUGAAUGAAAUUGUUCAACUUGUUGGGAAAGAUGCUUUAGCAGAAUCUGAUAAAAUUACUUUAGAAACUGCCAAGCUUUUGAGAGAGGACUAUCUUGCCCAGAAUGCUUUUACACCGUAUGAUAAGUUCUGCCCGUUUUACAAGUCUGUUUGGAUGAUGCGCAACAUAAUCCAUUUCUAUAAUUUGGCUAAUCAGGCAGUGGAACGUGCAGCUGGUAUGGAUGGACAAAAGAUAAGUUACACUCUUAUCAAGCAUCGGUUAGGAGAUCUUUUCUACCGUCUUGUAUCCCAGAAGUUUGAAGAUCCGGCUGAAGGAGAAUCAGCUCUUGUGGCCAAGUUUCAGAAGCUCCAUGACGAUCUAAAUGCUGGUUUCCGCAACCUAGAGGAUGAAACUCGCUGAUCAAGUUUUGAAGGUAAAAAGUUGAGAAAAAAAAACUGUUACAGAGAUGUAUGCUUAUGAUUGGUUUUGUUCCAAGAGGGAUGGGCUGCCAGUUAACCAUGAUGAGUAGUAAGCUGGCCCUUUUUCCUUUCUUCGAAAAUAAUGUAUUCGAUCUGGCUGUGUUUGUUUGUGUAGGUUUAUUUCUAUUUAUUUCUGUCCACUCUGUUUGUGGCGAAAAAAAGGGUUCAAUUUGGCCUUUUUAACUCAUAAUUGCCAUCGAUUAGACGAUGUGAUUCUAUUAUUUGAAAUUUGCUUGUUUA